AUGCCUGUGGCGAUACAUUUUCUUCUUAAUCCACUUGAAGGUCGAGUAGAUGAACCACCGGAUUAUUUAAAACAAAAUACCCAAUUAUUACAUUUCGAGAGAUUAAAAAAUCAUGAAUUUGACUCGCAACAAAUGGCUAAUUUCUCUCAGCGAUUAAAUAAUGUAGAAAACAAUUUACAAGGUGUCAAGACUGAUUUACAAGGUGUCAAGACUGAUUUACAAAAUGUAACAAUCGAUCUACAAGGUCUUAAAGAUAAUCCCAGGUCGAAUCUCACCAACAGGAUCCGAUGGGACCCUUUAUGGCACGAUGCGCAUAAGCAUUCACUUUAA